AAGAGAUUUGAAAAGAUUCGAACGUUAUUCGCCAUAACCGACUAAUUCAAAAGCAAUACUCAAAUGCUUUUUACAUAAACCCUAUACAAAAAACAGUAUAGGGUGCGAUUUCAUUGAAUCAGCUGAUUAGAAAACAAAUAUUCAAGAAAAUAUACCAGGUGUUGUCCAGUUUAAGGACAGCAAAUUUUAAUAAUCCGACAUAUGCACAGCGAAAUUACACAGAAAUGAGUCACACAAGCUACGGUUCAAUAGGCGAGCCAGACGUCGGUUUCAGUGGCAACCAAACACUAUCUAAAGACUUGAACAGCCUGUGCGACAAUAUAGUCACCAACGUAUACACUAUAAAUUCUAGUCUAAAGAGUUUGGAAAACGCUCUUAAAGUUAUUGGCAGCGCGAAGGACAACGCUGGAGUUAGAAACAAAGUGCAUGUGACCCAGUUAAGCACAAAUCAAAUAGCAUCAGAAUGCACCAAAGAUAUUAACAAAUUGAAACUGAAAGUGCCAAAGGCUGACAAACAACGUAAGCUGCAAGUGGAGAAGCUCGAAGGGAACUUUAGGGAUGCUAUCAACAAAUACUAUUCGCUGCAAAAGGAGCUUGCCAGUAAGCAGAAAGCACAUUUACUGAUUCAGGAAAGUCUCGAACAUGAAAUUGACGACGAUUCCGAGCAGAACAAGCAGGCACAGUUGGCCAGGGAGAUGGCUUUUGAACAGGAUAUGAUGCUCGAAAGGGAGGCUAGAGUAAAACAAAUAGAAUCGGAUGUGUUGGACAUUAAUCAAAUCAUGAGGGAGCUGGGCUCUAUGGUACAUGCUCAAGGAGAAACUUUGGAUACUAUCGAAAAUGGUAUCGAUAAUGCCGCGGGUAAUGUUGAGGAGGGUUAUGAGCAGUUGGUUAAAGCAUCGAGAUAUCAAACAAGUCGAAGGAAGAAGUGGGUUUUCAUAUUUUUGAUUUGCAUGGUUGCGAUCGCCAUUGUUAUCGGUAUUAUCGUUACAUCUCUCAAGCGUUAGACGCCUCAACAAAUAUACCAAACAACUCGCAAAGGUGCUCUGCACAAAAUGGUUUAUUCUAAUUUUUAAAUAUUUGCCACUAUAACAUUUAUAUCACUGUUUAUUAUUAAUAUUAAGAGUCCAAAUAAGCGUGCGAAGAUGUACAGUAUGUCCAAAUAGCUACUAGAAAUAUAGAGACCCUGCCUAUACUGAUAAUACAGGGACUAAUGAAGCAACCAUGAAAAAAUGUUUCAACAUGCGCAUGAGCAAAAUUUCAAGCCAAUGACAUUGCAGCAUUCAAAAAACCAACAUGGCAGCUGACAGGUCGUCAAUAAGCUGGGAUGCGGCAUUUUUAAGAGGUAUUUUCUCAAAAUAUGCCUGGAUAUUGUUAAAUGUUCUGGGAAAACGUGUUAAGUGUGUGAAAGUCGCCGUUUAGAAUGAAAAUGCAACAAAGUGCAGGUUAGUGUGUGUAGAGGCAUGCACGGAAAAUCAUUCCCCCCUUUACUGCGGCGCACCAAUUUUUAGUUAGGGCACUAUAUUCUGUAAUAGCUAUAUGAAGUACUUUUGGUCUUUUCGAGAAUAUAUCAGACGUUUGGCAAUACUAUGACACGGCUGUUUCGACUGCUUAAUUUUUAUUAUUCGCUGUUACUCGAUGGUAUUGUUUUUAUAUGAUUUGAUUAUAAAAAAUAUAUUUGUAAAUACUAUCAGAGGGGAUGGUCCCUUAAAGGCUUAUUUUUUAAUCAAGGUACUGGAAAGUACCAAAACAAUUGAUAAACAUAGUAAUAUUACAAUGGAAGAUCAGAACUUGGUUGGAGCCCUCCUAGACAUCUGUGCCUCAUGUCACUCAGCGUAAUCUGCGGCCUAUAUUGUUUUAUUUUAGUAUUUCAAAAGAGUAUACAUAAGGAUACGGAUACUUCAACAUCUAGCAAACAUGUUUCAGUUUCGCAAUUGAUCAAGAGAUUCAA